AUGAGAAAGAGAAAGAAGAUUGACCGGUUUGUCUUUCUUCAUGAUGACAUCCUUUUUAAUUUUUUUAAAAGGCUUCCAGAUGCCUCCUUCGUUAUAGAGCUAAGUAGGUACUUCUACUGGGGUAUUUAUUCUUCUAACCACCUGGUUUUCAUGGAUAUCGUAAGAGAGAAAAUUUUCCAGAUGAGCCUACCUGGACGUGGUUUGCGUAGGAGAUGUGAUUAUUCUCUUUUUGUGAUGGGUGGUUUCCUGGCUCUCUUUGAUGGUGUUUCGUGGGACAAAGCUGAGAUAAGGAUUCUUAAAGAUUUGAAGAUGAUGAAGUGGGAGAAGUUGCAGAAUUGGAGCUUUAGGGUAUCUCCUGGAACUUGUCGGUAUCGGGUCUCUGGAGUGAUAACUGAUAAGUAA